AUGUUUGGCAAACUUUGGUUCUUAUGUUUCUUAGGGUUUCUCUUGCUGGAUGGUUCAUCCUCUGUAAAGGAUGGCAAGUUUGGAUGCUCUUCUGAUGACCCAAAAACGGUUCUCAACAUCGGAGUUAUUGCUGAUAAUAGCUCAAGGGUUGGAAGAGAACAAAUAAUUGCCAUUCAAAUGGCUGUCAAAGAUUAUAUUUUCACUUCAUGUUAUAAGAUGGAGCUUCUCCUUGUCGAUUCACCCCAGAACUCCGCUCAGGCAACCGCCACGAGUUUGGAUUUAAUUAGUAACAAGGAAGUAAAAGCUAUGUUUGGAACAUUAACAAUGGAGGAGGUAUCUCUAAUCUUUGAGCUUAAUAAAACCUCCAUGAAUGUCCCUAUUAUAUCUUUAUCUUUAUCUUCCUUAGUACCACCACCAUGGCCGCCAAAUCAACUGCUGCCGCCGACGUUCAUUCAAAUGUCAAACGAUAUCACCCACGAAAUGCAAUGCAUCACAUCUACAAUUGGCAACUUCCAUUGGCGAAGAGUCAGUGUAAUUUAUGAACAGAAAAAUGGCUUCUCCACCAAUAUGGCCAUUUUAAACCUCCUCUCCAAUUCACUUGAAGAUGUCUACGCAAAAAUUGAAAACCAUCUUCCUUUCUCUUUACUUGAUCCAGAGCCUUUAAUUGAACAAAAGCUAAUGAACCUUAGCACUAAUAGCAAUAGGGUUUUUGUUUUAGUGCAAUCUUCAACGGAACUGGCUACCCUUCUCUUCAAAAAAGCCAAAAAAUUAAACAUGAUGGCAAAUGGGUAUGUAUGGAUUGUUGGGGGUGAGAUAGCCAAUCUUGUUGAUUCUUUAUAUUCAUCUACUUUCACUAAUUUGCAAGGUGUUAUUGGGUGUAAGGUUUAUUUUGAAGAAAAUGAAAAUUCUUUCAAGGAAUUUAGGACCAAAUUUAGAAGGAAUUAUAUGUCUAAUUUCCCUGAGGAUGAAGGACAAGGUGACCCAAGUAUCUAUGCACUUAGAGCUUAUGAUGCAUAUUGGGCCAUUGCCACUGUCUUGGAUGAAUUGAAAGGAAACCCUAAUGGAAUGAUUGAACAAUGGCCUAAAAAAGUUUUGAGAAGUAAAAUUGAAGGUUUGAGUGGGAUUGUGAGCUUUAAGAAUUGCAUAUUGUCAACUUUACCUACUUUCCAAAUCAUUAAUGUUAUUGGCAGAAGCUAUAAACAGAUUGCAUUUUGGUCACCCAAGUUUGGAUUUUUUGAGGGGAAUAAUACAAGUUCCAGAAAUGCCACGAUGGAUUUAUCGACCUCAGUCAUUUGGCCAGGUAAUGCAAAAACGAUACCAAAAGGAUGGGAGUUUAGCUAUGGAGACAAAGCAUUGAAGAUUGGCGUUCCAACAACAGCUGCCUUCAAAGAAUUUGUAAGAGUGAACUACAAUCACACAGAUGGACCUCAUAUUUCUGGCUUCUCCAUUGCCGUAUUUCAAGCAGUUGCAACCAAUUUGCCUUACUUCUUACCAUACAAUUUCAUCCCAUUCGAUGGCCCUUACGACGAUUUGCUAAAAAAAGUCUAUACCAAGGAUUUUGAUGGAGCAGUGGGAGAUUUUGGAAUAUUUGCAGAUCGAUUGAAGUACGUGGAUUUUUCAGAGCCAUAUUUGGAUAAUGCAGCAGUGAUGAUAGUGAAAGAAAAGCCACUGAAAUGGACGAAAUUAUGGCUUUUCAUGAAAGCUUUCACCGCCAAAAUGUGGGUCAUUAUGCUUUCCAUGCAUGUUUUUGUGAGUUCUUCCAUUUGGCUCAUUGAACGUAAGCAUAACGAUGCAUUGAAAGGAGUUGGAAACAUGCUUUGGUUCUCCGUUUCCGUCAUCUUUUAUGUGCAUAGAGAACCAGUAAAGAAUGGGUUGGCUCGUAUGGUGUUGGGGCCGUGGCUAUUUGCGAUCCUUAUAAUAACGGCAAGUUUCACGGCCAGUCUAUCGUCGAUGAUGACACUCUCGAGGUCCCAACCAUGGUUUCUGGACAUAGAAACUCUAAGGCUGAAGAAUGCCACAGUGGGUUGCAACAAAAACUCAGUAAUGGUGAGAUUUUUGUCACAAGUGUUGUUACUUCCUCCAGAGAAAAUCAAGCAAAUUCCGUCUGUGGAUUUGUUCCCACAUGCUUUGGAAAAGGGAGAGAUUCAAGCAGCUUUCUUCUCGGGUCCCCAUGCAAAAGUCUUUCUUGCAAAACACUGCAAAUAUUACACCCAAGCCACCAUCUUCAAGCUCGUCGGCAUGGGUUUUGCUUUCCCGAAAGGGUCUCCGUUGACGGUGGACAUAUCGGCCUCCAUUGCAGAGCUGAUAGAAAGGAGAGAAAUGCCAGACUUGGAGUCCACAUUACUAUCUACUUUCAACUGCUCCUUGAACGACAACGACCCGGACGGGUCGGGUUUAGGACCCGAACCCUUCGCCGGUUUAUUCCUAAUUGCUGGUGCCAUUGCUUUUGGGGCUCUUCUAUUUACCGCCGCUCGUCUUAUCUUGAUGAAGUUGGGCUGGAUCAAACAACAGCCCGCUACAUCCAAAGCCCAAAGCCCCAUUUAG